AGCGAAUAACCUUACGACUCCGAUUUCCACGCGAUCCAACCUAAAAGUCCACUUCGACCACUUCACCCCGUCGCCGCCGCCGCCGCCGCCGCGACUUCGGUUCCCCGAUGGCCGCCCAGCCGGAGGAGCGCCUCGACGUACUCACCGCCGGCGGCGAGAAGACAGGCACCUCCAAGCCCAGGUCGGAGGUGCACAGGGACGGCGAUUACCACCGGGCGGUGCACGUGUGGAUCUACAGCGAGAGCACCGGGGAGCUGCUGCUGCAGCGCCGCGCUGACUGCAAGGACUCGUGGCCCGGGCAGUGGGACAUCUCCAGCGCCGGCCAUAUUUCCGCCGGCGACUCCUCUCUCUCCUCCGCGCAGCGGGAGCUCGAUGAAGAACUAGGCAUCAAACUUCCAUCCGACGCUUUUGAGCUGCUAUUUGUUUUUCUUCAGGAAUGUGUUAUCAACAAUGGGACAUACACCAACAAUGAGUACAAUGAUGUUUAUCUUGUGACUACGUUAGCUCCAAUUCCACUUGAGGCAAUCACUCUCCAAGAAAGUGAAGUAUCUGCGGUUAGGUAUAUGCGUCUAGAUGAGUACAAAGGCUGCCUUGCAAAAGAAAGCAGAGAAUAUGUACCUUACGAUGUGGAUGGGGCAUAUGGUCAACUAUUUAGUAUUAUUGAAGAACGGUACAAAGACAAUAUCAAAUCCCGCAGUUUAACCUUGCAAAAGCAAAUCAACCGUUAUGCUCCCAUCCAUUUGGAACCAGAGUUGACUAGUCUGUCUGAAGGAGAUAGGGAAGCCUUGGGGUAUAUUCUUAAAGCAUCAAUAGUUAUUGAUGACAUAUUUUAUGAGCAGGUUUGGAAUAGCAACCGUGCACUGAGAGACUGGCUGAAAGCACAUGCUAACUCCUCAUCUUUUGAUAAAUUGAAGUGGUCAUAUUAUUCUAUUAACAGGAGUCCAUGGUCCUGCCUUGAUGAAAAUAAGGCUUUUCUAUCAACUGCAGAUUCUGCUGUGAAAUUACUCACAGAUGCCACCAAAUCAGUUUCAGGAUGGAAGGGGAUCGAGUAUCGUGCUGCAUUUCCUCUAAAUAAGCCUCCUGGGGCAAAUUUUUAUCCUCCUGAUAUGGACAAAAUGGAGUUUGAAAUAUGGAAAAAUGGACUGCCUGAAAAGGAGCAAAAAGAUGCAACUGGAUUUUUCACUGUAAUAAAACGCAGUGACGCUUUAUUGCCUUCAACACUAGCUCAGUCAGAUGGAUCAAAUCAAGCCAAAACAUCAGAUGAUCUUUUUAUUGUUCCAUACUCUGAGGAGCACAAAUCAUCCCUUGUGAAAGCUGCUGAGCUUCUUCAUAAAGCAUCUGAGUGUUCUGAUUCUCCAAGCCUCAAGAAUUUUCUCAGAACCAAGGCAGACGCCUUCCUUUCAAAUGAUUACUAUGAAUCUGAUAUAGCUUGGAUGGAGCUGGACUCCAACUUGGAUGUCACUAUUGGCCCAUACGAGACAUACAAAGAUGACCUUUUCAGUUAUAAGGCCACCUUUGAAGCAUUUGUUGGGGUGCGGGAUGACAUUGCGACUUCUCAAGUUAAACUCUUUGGUGAUCAACUCCAGGAUUUGGAGAAGCAUCUUCCACUGGACAAUAUUUACAAAUCUGACACUGUAUCUGCUGCUCCAAUUCGCGUUAUCAAUCUUCUAUACAACUCUGGGGAUGUGGAAGGCCCACAAACUAUUGCUUUUAAUUUGCCCAAUGAUGAGCGGAUUGUGAAUGAACGAGGAACUUCGAUGGUUAUGCUUAAGAACAUUUCAGAAGCUAAGUUUAAGCAUAUCUUGAAGCCUAUAGCUAAUGCUUGCAUAAGAGAGGAACAGGAAGACUAUGUUGAUUUUGAGCCUUAUUAUACACAUAUAGUUUGCCACGAAUGCUGCCAUGGAAUUGGACCUCAUUCCAUCACCCUUCCAAGUGGUAAAAGAUCAACAGUUAGAAUGGAACUCCAGGAAUUUCAUUCAGCAUUGGAGGAGGCUAAAGCUGAUAUAGUUGGUCUAUGGGCACUGAAUUUUCUUAUUAAAAAGUGUUUACUUCCUAAAAGCCUAUCAGAAUCGAUGUAUGUAUCAUUCCUGGCUGGAUGCUUCCGAUCAAUCCGCUUUGGACUAGAAGAAGCCCAUGGAAAAGGGCAGGUUUUGCAAUUUAACUGGUUGUAUGAGAAAGGAGCUUUUGUCUUGCAUUCUGAUGGAAAAUUCUCAGUUGAUUUCACUAAGGUUGAGGAUGCCGUUGAAAGUCUCAGUAGAGAGAUCCUAACAAUACAAGCUAAGGGCGACAAGCAUGCUGCCAAGUCCCUCCUCGAGUCCCGUGCAAGCUUGACGCAACCAUUGCGCGUGGCGUUGGACAAAAUAGAAAGCAUGCAGAUUUUUCUAGGUACCUGUUGAUAUCACUCCUAUAUUCGGCACAGCAAAUAAGCUGUUUGCAAGCGAUCAGUAGGGCGCUCAGUUUAGCAAGCACUGUGCUUCGGUGGAACUUUGCAACAACCAGAUUAUACUCGUUCACAAGAUGGUCCAUAACGGGAAAACGAAAUAGAAAUUUAGGAAUAAAUGAACAAAUUCUUUGGAAAUAAUAAUGUUAGUGCCUUCUUUUGAUAUUUGCCUCUUUGAUUGAGGGAAGGAAUCCCUUGUAAUGUCUCUGCAGAACAGUACCAUACUGCUGCUGAAUAAUUGCGAGUUUUUUGCUCUCUAAUAUUGUGGAUGUGUGGCUCAACGCCUGUUUUAUGGUUGUUAGUGAGUUUGUUCAGGCA